UACACAGGCACGCGCGGAUCGCAAUGUGCGCCUCUAUUUUAAUAAGCAAGUUUAUGUGUUGUAUGUUUGUGUGCAAAUGCAGGUAGAGACGGCAAGGCAGUAUAGAUAUUAAACGCGCGGAGACGAGCUUCUUCUCGCAUUGCACUUUAUGUGUGUGUGAUAUUGAAUUGUACCCUUACACCUCUUUUUGAUACGCCCUUUUGGCCACUUAUAAUUCGUUCGUUCUGUUCAUAAAUCAACGACGCAGAGGAUUGUUGUUUAUGGUUAUAAAUUUUCGGAAGAUUUUCCGCCAUAAGUCAAUACCUCGUGGACUCUUUACACGGCUUGGAAGUAGGAAGAAAUCGAAAAAUUGAAUCUUCAACGAAAUUUUAAGUGGGUAAAAUGGAAUGCAGCGGUUUAUUGAACUGUGCUGUCAGAGUGAAGGAAGAACUGCCUGAUGACCCGCUGACAGGAAAUGAUGCUCAUGAAUUAAUCGACAGGACGCCUGAUGGUCAAAAUGUUCGUUUCUUUGGAGAAUGUUCGACGCUUCAAGAAGUUAACAAAAAUCAUGAGAUUGAACUGGAAGAAAUGGGAAUUGAAUUUGAGUGUAAAGAUGUGAAGCCCAUAGUGAAUUUAUUUAAAGUCAAGAAAAUUGAUAUCUAUUCUGCAAAUCACUUUCAACAAACGAAAUAUAGCAUGGAUUAUAAAUCUCAGAACAUAAUUAAAAUAGAAACUGAGGGCAGAGGGAAAAAACAAAUGGUUGUGAAUUUUGAUCGUGAACUCCAGGAAAAAAAUGAAAAUAGAAGAGAUAUAACAAAGCUUAACUAUACCAAUAGACUCAAACCCCACAUUAAUAGAGUGUGUAUCACCCUUACAUGCAAUAUAUGUGAAGAAAUCUUUGAACACAAAUGUUUGGCGCUACUGUCCCUGGUUUUCACGGUAUCGGCACUUUCACAAACGAAUCAACUAUUCGACGUUUCCGAGUAUCUAUACGGCGUAGAAUAUGACUUGCAAGCUCGCGCGAGGGCAGCCAUCGAAGCUGAGCAAUUCACACUACAGAGACAGAAAGAGUCACCGCAGCCGCCGCAAGACGAGCCGUGUCGCGUAAGACCGGAGCGGCCCUGCCCACCGAGCAAGUAUCGGACACCUUCGGGCGCUUGCAACAACAUCAGGCACCCGGCAUGGGGCGCCCGUGGCUCGCCGUAUCUGAGACUGCUGCCGCCCGCCUACGUCGAUGGCAUCAGUCGACCGCGCAGCAACGGCCUACCCUCGGCUUCGAGCCUGGCCCAGCAGUUGCGCUCGAGCCGCGUCCCGGUGGCCCACGAGGCCCUCAACAGUCUCACCGGCGUCUGGGCCGAGCUCCUGCUGCGUGACAUCUCCGAGCCCGUCCAACCCGGCCGCCUGCCUCAAUGCUGCUCCACCGACAACCCCACGAACGCCCAUCCCGAGUGUCUCGCCGUCCGCGAUUCUCGGGGCGCCUGCCUCUCGUAUCGUCGCGCCGUCCCCAGUCUCGACGCGCACAGCUGUCACUUCAGGUCGCGCGAGCUCAUGAACGGCGCCUCGGGCUAUCUCGACGGCUCGGACAUCUACGGCAACAACGACGACCGGCUGCACAAGCUCAGGACCUACAGCAAGGGUAGGGUGGACGUGGACCAGUGCGAGCUCUGCCGCUUGGCCAAUUCGAGUCUCGGGCACGUGUACCAGGUGCUGCUGCACGAGCACAAUCGCGUCGCCGAGGAGCUCUCGGAGAUCAAUCAGCACUGGGACGACGCCAGGAUCUUCCUCGAGGCUCGUCGCGCCGUUGUAGCCGAGAUCCAGCAGAUCACCAUGAACGAGUUCGCGCCCGUGGUGCUGGGCCAGGACACGUACGUCGACAACGACCUCAGGCCCACCGGUAACGGCUUCUACUCGGGCUACUCGUCGGACAAUCGGGGCGGUGCCAUCGACGCCGUCGCCCUCACUGCCCUGCCCAUUCUGGCCUCGCUCAAGCGCAGCAACGCCUCGGCCAUCGAGGAGCAGCUCGUCUCCGCAGCGAGCAAGGUCAAUCUCAACGUGGCCUCGGUCGCCUCCGGCAGCAGCUGGGAUCCGGCCGCGUUACUUAUCCAGCUGGGCCGCGAUCACGGCGUGCCCUCCUACGUCGAGUUCGUGCACAAGUGCAGCGGCGGUAAAUUCAAGGUCGACUCGUUCAGCAAUCUCAAGGGCUUCGUGACGCCCAAGGACGUGCAGCUGCUGCAGCGCAUCUACGAGCGCGUCGAGGACAUCGAUCUGCUGCUCGGAGGAAUCCUCGAGAUCCCGCACGAGGGAGCCGCCCUCGGUCCCACCUUCGUCUGCCUACUUCGCGAGCAGCUGGUCAAGCUGCGCAACUCGGAUCGCUUCUGGUACGAGAACGACAUACCGCCGUCGAGCUACACGCCCGAGCAGAUCACCGAGAUACGCAAGGUCACCCUGACCCAUCUGCUCUGCGCCAACUCGGCCCUGUCCAAGAUCCAGCCCAAGACGUUCCUGCAGCCCGACGCCUAUCUCAACGCCAAGGUCGACUGUCAGCAGCAUCCCGGCCUCGAUCUCGCCGCCUGGAAGGAGGAGCACACCGAGGUCGGCGAGGACGAUCACGUGGCCACGACCGUAGCGAGCGACGAGGGUCUGUCCCUGCUCACGGAGAUGGACGAGCGCAUGAUCGCCGAGGCCGUCAAAGAGGCCGAGCAGAAGCUGAGACAGAGGAAGCAGCUCGAGUACGAGUCCUGGCGCCAGCAGCAGACCUCGGACCCGCGCUCGCCCGCCGGUAUCGCCGCCAGCUUCUCCAAGGCCAAUCGUGGAGCUUUAUCCAUGGCCAACUCGUCGAUCUUGUACGAACUGGCGACGAACGAGCUGAUCAACGGUAUCGACGGCUUCCGUAGACGUCGCAAGCGUCAGGCCUUCGACGCCGGCAACAACAUCCUCGGCUUCCCCAACAGCGACUUCAACGACAUCCUUCAGAACGUCGACAUCUCGGGCUUCAUACCGAGAAAACAGCCGACGCAUCACGACGAAAUCGAGUGCCCGGUCGACGAGAGCCCCUGCGACCCCACCACGCCCUAUCGUACCUUCUCGGGUCACUGCAACAAUCUGCGCAACCCGAGCCUGGCCAAGUCGCUGACGACCUUCGCCCGCCUGCUGCCGCCCAACUACGAGGACGGAGUGUCCAAGCCCCGACUGACCGGAGUGACCGGAGCACCUCUGCCCAAUCCACGUAGCAUCUCCACCACUAUCCAUCCGGACAUCUCAAAUCUGCACAAUCGCUACACCCUCAUGGUGAUGCAGUUCGCGCAGUUCGUCGAUCACGAUCUCACCAUGACACCGAUUCACAAGGGCUUCGCCGAGUCAAUCCCGAGCUGUAGGUCGUGCGACUCGGCGCGCACCGUCCACCCCGAGUGCAAUCCCUUCCCGGUGCCGCCCAACGAUCAUUUCUAUCCCACUGCUAAUGUAACUUCGGGCGUGAGGCUGUGCAUCCCGUCGAUGAGAUCUCUGCCGGGCCAGCAGACUCUCGGGCCCAGAGAGCAGAUCAAUCAGAACACCGGCUUCCUGGACGCCUCGGUGGUCUACGGCGAGAAUCGCUGCAUCGCCGACAUUCUGCGCAGCUUCAACGGGCGCAUGAACAUCACCAACAAUCCGAAUCGCGGCAAGGACCUGCUUCCGCGCUCGCCCACUCACCCCGAGUGUCGGGCGCAAUCGGGCUUCUGCUUCAUCGCCGGCGACGCUCGCGCCUCCGAGCAACCGGGUCUGACGAUGAUGCACAACAUGUGGGUGCGCGAGCACAAUCGCAUCAUGGAGGGCUUGCGCAGCACCAAUCCGCACUGGGAGCACGAGAAGCUGUUCCAGGAGACAAGGCGCAUCGUCAGCGGCAUGCUGCAGCACAUCACCUACAACGAGUUCCUGCCGCGCAUCCUCGGCUGGAACGCCGUCAGUCUGUACGGACUCAAACUGCUGCCCCAAGGCUACUACAAGGACUACUCGCCCACCUGUAAUCCGGCCAUACUGAACGAGUUCGCCACCGCCGCUUAUCGUAUCGGCCACUCGAUGCUGAGGCCGCAUCUGCCGCGCAUGGAUCGCAGCUAUCGCAAUGUCGAUCCGCCGAUCCUCCUCCGCGACGGUUUCUUCAAUCCCGACAUGCUGUACCAGGUCGAGAUGAUCGACGAGAUGAUCAGGGGUAUGGUGUCCACACCCAUGGAGGCGCUCGAUCAGUUCAUCACCGGCGAGGUGACGAAUCAUCUGUUCGAGCAGAAGGGCAUUCCGCACUCGGGCUUCGAUCUCAUCGCCCUGAACAUUCAGAGAUCGAGAGAUCACGGCUUGCCGUCGUACAAUCAUUACAGAGCUCUGUGCAAUUUGAAGAGAGCCACGUCGUUCGAGGAUCUGUCGAGAGAGAUGGCGCCGGAAGUUAUCGCUCGCCUCAAGAGGGUCUACGCUUCGGUCGACGAUAUCGAUCUCUUCCCUGGUGGCAUGAGCGAGCGACCUCUGCAAGGCGGUCUGGUCGGACCCACGUUCGCCUGCAUCAUCGCCAUACAGUUCCGCCAGUUGCGCAAGUGCGAUCGCUUCUGGUACGAGACCGACGACCCCAAUAUCCGCUUCACCGAGGGCCAGCUCUCGGAGAUACGCAAGACGACCCUGUCCAAGGUGCUCUGCGAGAACAUGGACGUGCACGUGGAGAUGCAGCGCGCCGCCUUCGAUCUGCCCUCGAACUUCCUGAAUCCGCGCGUGCCGUGCGGCUCGAUGCCGCACAUGAACUUCGAGGCCUGGCGCGAGACCAGACAGGGCUGCCAGAUCGGCGGCAGGAACGUGGCGAUCGGCGAGUCCGGCUUCCCCACGCCCUGCACCAGCUGCGUGUGCACCAACGAAGGAACUCAGUGCGCAUCUUUGAGAGUAACAGACUGCAAUCAGUUGCUGCGCGAGGCGUCGCGCGAGGCAAUCUUACGGGACGACGUGUGCACGGCCCAGUGCGGUUUCGUGCUCGCCGCCACCGAGGUCAACGGCAACAACAACGCUGGCAAUUUGCAAUUCAAGCCGCCGCAAUUCAACUCGUUCCCCCAGCAGCGCUCGGGCGGUUUGCGCAACUCCUUCAAUUCGGCGUUCAACGGCUUCAAAUUACCCGAUCUCUCGCAAUUCAUCGGUUGAGGAGAAUUUAAUCGUCGCGGUGCUCGCGUGCAUUUAAUCGUUACAAAACGCGAUGAUUGAUUGCAUCCGAGGAAUCGACUCAAAGAGCGAGAUAUAGGUUUUCAAUGACGGAGAUACAAAAACGUGCCAAUAGAAUCUUUAGAUCCAGUACUACAACUAUUUUUAUAUGCGAAUGAGACUUGGUUUUCUUUUCGUGUACCUUUUUUUUUUUAAUUCGUGUUGAGCAAAUUGUCAUCCACACGUUCACGCGAGAGAGUACUAGCUAGAUUA